AUGCUGUCCGCUAUAAAAUCAUGUUAUUCCAUACAUAAUUGCCGUAAAAUCCAUGGUCGAGUAAUCAAGACUUUAAGUUACAGAGAUGGUUUCAUUGGUGAUUGUUUAGUGUCCUUAUAUUUUAACUUGGGUUGUUUUGAUGAUGCACAUAAGUUGUUUGAGGAAAUACCCGACAGAGAUUUGGUUUCUUGGAAUUCAUGGAUUUCACAGCUUUCGAGAAGUGGAGGCUUUGGUAAGAGCUUGGAGAUGUUUAAUAGGAUGAGAUUAGAGAUGGGUAUGGAGCCAAAUGAGGUGACACUUUUGUCUUUAGUCUCGGCUUGUACUGACACAGGGGGUUUUGAUGAAGGUGCUUUUGUUCAUGGGUUGGCAUUUAAAAUGGGUUUGUUGUCUGAAGUUAAGGUGGUUCAUUCUUUUAUUAAUAUGUAUGGGAUGUUUGGUUAUGUGGGUUUGGCAUGUCGUUUGUUUGAGACGAUGGUGGUGCAAAAUUUGGUGUCGUGGAAUUCGAUGAUCAAGAUUUAUGCGAAGAAUGGGUUUGGUGAGGAAGGUUUUAAGUUUGUUAAGGCUAUGAGGAGGGCAGGGAUUGAUCCUGAUCAGGCUACUGUAGUGACUUUGUUACAGGGUUGUAAGGAUGUAUGUGUCGGAAAUCUGGUUGAAGCUUUGCAUGGGUAUAUUAUUACAGCUGGUUUGGUUGAAGAUGUGACGAUCAUGACAACAUUAAUGAGUGUCUACACGAAGUCAGGAAGACUGGAUGCUUCCCAGGAGGUUUUUAGAGCAAUGAAAGAACCUGAUACGAUAGCUUGGACUGCAGUUCUAGCUGGCUAUGCUCUUCAUGGUUAUGGAAGAGAAGCAAUUGAGCUAUUUGAUUUUAUGGUUAGUAAAGGUGAGAAGCCUGAUCAUGUUACUUUCACUCAUUUAUUAAGUGCGUGUAGUCAUUCAGGGCUUGUUGAGGAGGGGAAGAGCUACUUUGAGAUUAUGUCUCGUGUUUAUUCUCUGGAACCUAGAUUGGAUCACUAUUCUUGCAUGGUUGAUUUGUUGGGACGUUCAGGACAUUUAAGAGAAGCGCAUUUGUUGAUAAGAAGCAUGCCUAUGGAGCCGACGGCUGGUGUUUGGGGAUCUCUUCUUAAUGCUUGUAAGAUUUAUAGUAACAUAGAACUCGGAAAGGAAGUUGCAGAAAGACUAUUUGUUUUAAAUCCAACAGACUCUAGGAACUACAUCAUGCUAUCGAGUAUGUACUCCGAGGCUGGUCAGUGGCCUGAAGGGCAACAAACAAGGAUUCUGAUGAAGGAAAAGCGUGUUGUAGAAUCUGCAGGUUGCAGUUCUAUUUAG